AUGCGUAUUUCGGUGAACGUGAAAUAUUACGUUGCUAGAGCAGGAACGUCUCCGCCGUCCCAGGGGAUCAAAGGACAGCGCGUAGCCGUUAUUUUGCCGCUGUUCUACGAUUGCCUGCGCAUUUGCGUGAAUUGGAAACUGCGGGCUGAGGCUCAGUCUAAUGUCGGUGCUGGACAUGGAGUGGCCGGCUGUGGUGAAAAAGUGCAAAUCCGAGGACGGGGGCUGAUCAUCAAGACGUUUGCCGGAGGUCGGUCCGGACAACCCAACCCCGCUCUCAGCUCGCAGUUUGUCAUCCCGGCUGCGAAAGCCCCGCAAGAAUGGCGCCACCAACACCACCGCACCUACUUCAAACUCGAGCACACCCAGAAAUCGGAAGUCAAGACCGCCAUGCUGAACGUUUUUGUUAAGAACAUGAAUGGCGACGACGGCAAGUCGAAAUUCACCAUCUACGUCAACAAGUAUUUGGACGAGAACACCGUGUCCACUGAAGGACAAAUCGUUUUUGCCAAGCACCACGUGAUGAACGGCGACCAGUGGGAACAGAUCGAAGUCACCGACAUCAUCAACGAGUGGAUCAACAACCCGGAUACGAACUACGGCAUGCAGGUCAAGGUCAUCCCGGAUGGCAAUGGCGUCGCCUUCUUCGACCCGAUCGACCGCCACAGCAACAACUCUCAGUACUUCCUCGAAGUCGUCCAAAUGCCGAACCUCCGCAAGCGCCGUGAGCUACAGCACGACAACGGCUCCCAGAUAUGCACCAUCGACCCGUCGCACCCGGAUUCCUACUGCUGCCGCUACCACCUCGAGAUCGACUUCAAGGACUUCGAAUGGGGCUUCGUCAUCGCCCCCAGCAAGUACACUGCCUACUACUGCGCCGGCCGCUGCCGCCCAGGCCAAUCGGCCAAGACCCUGCACGCCCGCUUCAUGGAGAUCAAGAUGCCGCAACACAUGUGCUGUGCCCCGGACAAACUCGGCGACUUCAAGCUGUUCCACAAGGGACCUGGAUCUAACACGGCUGUGGUGACUACGAUUCGGAACAUGGUUGUGCAAAGCUGUGGAUGCAAA